AUGGUCGAGGUGACGGUGCUCGACUAUGGGGCUGGUAAUGUGCGCAGUCUAAAGAAUGCUAUCCGUGCCGUCGGUCACUCCGUAAAAGAUGUGACAUGUGCAGAGGAUAUUCGUACGGCUCAAGUGCUUAUCUUUCCAGGGGUCGGCAAUUUCCGUGCUGCAAUGAAAUUUCUUAAAACUAGUGGCUACAUUGACGAGCUUCGUGCGUAUGUGGCAGCGAAUCGACGCUUCCUGGGCAUUUGUUUGGGUAUGCAGACACUAUUUGAAGGGUCGGAGGAGUGUCCGGAACUCAAGGGACUUGGUAUAAUCAAGGGUAAAGUGGUUCGUUUUCCAUCGGACGACGUGGUUGUGCCACACAUUGGCUGGAAUGGACUAACGGCCUGGAAGAAGUCGAUGCUUUUUUCAACGCUUCCUGUGGCCACAGAGAAAGCGAAAGUCUAUUUUGUGCACUCGUUUCGAGUCAUAAAGACGGAGAAAAACGCGGAUUGGGUGCUGACCACAACCAAUUAUGGAGCAUCGGAGUUUGUGAGUGCUGUGCAAAAGGGCAACGUGAUGGCGACGCAAUUUCAUCCGGAAAAGAGUGGAGCAGUGGGGAUUGCUAUUUUGAAAGGCUUUUUAGAGAAUAAAGAGAUGAAGGGCCAUGAUGUACCGUUGACGACGGCGGCUACGGCACCACGGACGACGCUGUCGAAACGGAUCAUCGCGUGUCUGGAUGUGCGAGCAAAUGACCAGGGAGAUCUGGUGGUGACGAAAGGAGACCAAUACGACGUACGGGAGAGCUCUAAAAUUGCAAAAGUAGGCAACAUCCGCAACAUGGGUCGACCUGUAGAUUUGUGCAAACGGUACUUUACAGAAGGAGCUGAUGAGGUGGCAUUCCUUAACAUUACGAGCUUCCGUGAGCAGCCGAUGGGAAACCUGCCAAUGGUUCAGGUACUGGAGGCGAGUUCUGAGUGCGUGUUCGUGCCACUCACGAUUGGUGGCGGUAUCCGUGAGUACGUGGACGACCAGCAGAAGAUCCACUCAGCAUUGGAUGUAGCGGCGCUGUACUUUCGCUCGGGAGCUGAUAAGGUUUCUAUUGGGAGCGACGCCGUGUACACGGCUGAAAAGUACUACGCUAAUGGCGGCAAAGGCGAUGGGUCGAGCUCCAUCGAGACCAUAUCCGCCGUGUACGGCAACCAGGCUGUCGUGGUGUCUAUGGACCCAAAGCGGGUGUAUGUGGCAUCAUUCUACGAUGAGAAUGCUAAGGGCCACAAGGUCGUGAAGCUGUCGCGAUCCGGACCUAAUGGCGAAGAGUAUUGCUGGUACCAGAUGACGGUGCGCGGCGGCCGUGAAACUCGCGAUCUUGACGUGGUGCAGCUGGCCCAAGCUGUCGAGGCACUUGGCGCCGGUGAGCUAUUGUUGAACUGCGUGGAUAUGGAUGGUCAGAAGGCCGGGUACGAUCUGGACCUGAUCUCGCUAGUGAAGAAGUCGGUGCGUAUUCCCGUCAUUGCGUCCAGUGGUGCCGGCAAGCCGGAACACUUUACGGAGGUCUUUGAGAAGACAAACUGUGACGCUGCUCUUGCUGCUGGUAUCUUUCACCGCAAAGAGGUGGCUAUUCAAGACGUCAAAGUGCAAUUGUGUACAGACAAUAUUGAUGUGCGUCUGUAA